AUGAGAGGAACUGCCCCUUCCUACCUUCAGACUAUACUUAAACCCUACACCCCAACCCGAGCACUACGUUCUGCGACCUCAGGUCUUAAACCCUACACCCCAACCCGAGCACUCCGUUCUGCCACCUCAGGUCUCAAACCCUACACCCCAACCCGAGCACUCCGUUCUGCCACCUCAGGUCUCAAACCCUACACCCCAACCCGAGCACUCCGUUCUGCCACCUCAGGUCUCAAACCCUACACCCCAACCCGAGCACUCCGUUCUGCCACCUCAGGUCUCAAACCCUACACCCCAACCCGAGCACUCCGUUCUGCCACCUCAGGUCUCAAACCCUACACCCCAACCCGAGCACUCCGUUCUGCCACCUCAGGUCUCAAACCCUACACCCCAACCCGAGCACUCCGUUCUGCCACCUCAGGUCUCAAACCCUACACCCCAACCCGAGCACUCCGUUCUGCCACCUCAGGUCUCAAACCCUACACCCCAACCCGAGUACUCCGUUCUGCCACCUCAGGUCUUAAACCCUACACCCCAACCCGAGUACUCCGUUCUGCCACCUCAGGUCUCAAACCCUACACCCAAACCCAGGCACUCCGUUCUGCCACCUCAGGUCUCAAACCCUACACCCAAACCCAGGCACUCCGUUCUGCCACCUCAGGUCUCCUGGCCCUCCCACCUCUACUGGAAGGCAGCUCCCACUCAGCCCAGUCCAAACCCUUCUCUGUCCUGGUACCCCAAUGGUGGAACCAUCUGAAACCUCUUCAAACAGUGUCUUAACCCUCCUGUUACGUUCGUUUUAUAUUAAUUCAUUCUGUGUUCCCGGUCCAAAAUGGCCACCCCGUUAUAGCUGAUUAUAAAUCCAUAAUAAUACAUAUAUUAUCACCUAAUGUUGUGUUGGAUAUUUCUAUCAAAUUAAAUUAAUUUUAAGUCGUUGUGAACAUUACAAGUUUUGAACUUCUAUUAGCUAUUUAUGGCCUAUAGGCCUCAUUGACCUGAGCCCCUACAACUUGUUUUUGAGAAGAAAAAAAAGCACAAUGUAUGGAUUAUUUUGACUAUAACAACUACUCAGAUGAAACACGUUGUGCUAUUUAUCACAGACUAGUUUACUGUCCGUUUCUUGGCCUCUCCUGGCCUCCUCUUCUCUAGCGUCAUGAUCAAAGAUAUGAUCAAGAGCCUCACAUACAGUAUUUCGUUUGGUCAAUGUGCUGCCACAGAAUGAAUUGUGAACAAGGCCUCAAAUUAACUUUAUUUACCAGAGCUGCGAGAAAUGUUCAAAAUAUAAUUGAAACAAUGUUGUGAUUGUUUGUGAGAAUGCCAACAGAUGUGGUUCCUGUGGGGGAAAGAUUAUAUUGGGGAAAGGAAGCCAAGAAGGGGAGAUAGGUGUGUGUGUGUGUGUGUGGGUCUGGGAGAGGAAGUGUGUCCAUCUGAUGAAUGAGCAUGUGCCUGAACUCAAUUUUAUACACUAAUUGUAGUCUCACCUAUUAGUUUCUAAUGACCGGUCAUUUUGACUGGGAACACCACAGGUGUCCAAAAGGUAAAUAAAACACACAAAAUGUAUGUAUGUAAAUCAUCAAAAUGUAGUGUAAAUCAUCAAAAUGUAGUGUAAAUCAUCAAAAUGUAGUGUAAAUCAUCAAAAUGUAGUGUAAAUCAUCAAAAUGUAGUGGAAAUCAUCCAAAUGUAGUGGAAAUCAUCAAAAUGUAGUGGAAAUCAUCAAAAUGUAGUGGAAAUCAUCAAAAUGUAGUGGAAAUCAUCAAAAUGUAGUGGAAAUCAUCAAAAUGUAGUGGAAAUCAUCAAAAUGUAGUGGAAAUCAUCAAAAUGUAGUGGAAAUCAUCAAAAUGUAGUGUAAAUCAUCAAAAUGUAGUGGAAAUCAUCAAUAUGUCAUUUGUGUGUUCAAAUGUCCUGUGUGGACAAAGUCAUGGAACCUUAUGACAAUCCGAUUAAAUGAACUACAUUUCUCAGGGAGAAAACUUGUAAAUCGGUCCCCCCCCCACCCUUGCCCCCUCUCCCCUUCAAGCUCUGAAUCGAUUAAUAGCUACGAUAUUGACUAAAAAUGUCCUUUCUAUGCCUGUGAUACGUGGCUGUCCCAGGCUGGACCUUAAGAUGAAUGCACUAACUGUAAGUCGCUCUGGAUAAGAGCGGCUGCUAAAUGACUCAAAUAUAAAUGUACAAUUUUAAGGGUAUGGGUUAGGAUAGGAGUUAGGUUAGGGGUUAGGGUUAGGAUAGGAGUUAGGUUAGGGGUUAGGGUUAGGAUAGGAGUUAGGUUAGGGGUUAGGGUUAGGAUAGGAGUUAGGUUAGGGGUUAGGGUUAGGAUAGGAGUUAGGUUAGGGGUUAUGGUUAGGAUAGGAGUUAGGUUAGGAUAGGAGUUAGGUUAAGGGUUAGGGUUAGGAUAGGAGUUAGGUUAGGGGUUAGGGUUAGGAUAGGAGUUAGGUUAGGGGUUAUG